AAUACUGGUCUCCCUCUCCCUAUAAAAUCCCUCAAGAACUCCCCAUUUGCUACUCAUCUUCUACCACCCAAACUCACUACAAUGGAGCCAAACUUCUACCUCUCCCUCCUCCUGCUCUUCGUCUCCUUCGUUUCGAUCUCCCUCUUCGUCGUCUUCUACAAGCACCGCUCGAGCUUCAGCGGCCCGAACCUACCACCAGGCGAUGCAGGGCUCCCGUACGUCGGGGAGAGCCUCCAGUUCCUGUCGACUGGGUGGAAGGGCCACCCUGAAAAGUUCAUCUUCGACCGCAUCUCUAAGUACUCCUCCCAUGUCUUCAAGACGUCCCUCCUAGGCGAGCCUGCUGCCGUCUUCUGCGGGGCGGCUGGCAACAGGUUCCUCUUCUCGAACGAGAACAAGCUUGUCCAGGCAUGGUGGCCCAACUCCGUCAACAAGGUCUUCCCGUCGUCGCUCCAGACGUCGUCCAAGGAGGAGGCCAAGAAGAUGCGGAAGAUGCUCCCUCAGUUCCUCAAACCCGAAGCCCUCCAAAGGUAUAUCGGGAUCAUGGACACGAUAGCGCAGAGGCACUUUGAUAUGGGGUGGGAGAACAAGGACGAGGUGGUCGUGUUCCCGCUUGCUAAGAGGUACACCUUCUGGCUCGCGUGCAGGCUGUUCAUUAGCGUGGAGGACCCGAACCAUGUCGCGAGGUUUGCUGAUCCCUUCAACCUCAUAGCAUCCGGAAUCAUCUCCAUCCCCAUCGACCUGCCCGGGACCCCAUUCAAUCGGGCAAUCAAGGCCUCCAACUUCAUUAGGAAGGAGCUUGGCGCCAUCAUCAAGCAGAGGAAGAUCGACCUAGCAGAAGGGAAGGCCACCCCUACCCAGGACAUACUGUCACACAUGCUCUUGGCCACUGAUGAGGACGGGAAGCACAUGAACGAGUUGGACAUCGCCGAUAAGAUCCUCGGGCUAUUAAUCGGAGGCCAUGACACUGCUAGCGCCGCCUGCACGUUCAUUGUCAAGUACCUCGCCGAGCUCCCUCACAUCUAUAACGAAGUCUACAAGGAGCAAAUGGAGAUCGCGAAGUCGAAAGCACCGGGCGAGCUACUAAACUGGGAUGAUAUCCAGAAGAUGAAAUACUCGUGGAACGUUGCCUGUGAAGUCAUGAGGCUGGCACCGCCUCUUCAGGGCGCCUUCCGGGAAGCCAUGACCGACUUCAUCUUCAACGGCUUCUCCAUUCCGAAGGGCUGGAAGAUCUACUGGAGCGCAAACUCAACCCACAAGAGCGCAGACUACUUCCCCCAGCCGGAGAAGUUUGACCCAACCCGGUUCGAGGGGAGUGGUCCCGCCCCAUACACAUUUGUGCCCUUCGGAGGCGGGCCGAGGAUGUGCCCCGGGAAGGAGUACGCACGCCUGGAGAUACUGGUCUUCAUGCACAACCUCGUGAAGAGAUUCAGGUGGGAGAAGCUUAUCCCGGACGAGAAGAUCGUUGUGGACCCCAUGCCGAUGCCCGCGAAAGGCCUCCCAGUUCGCCUCCACCCUCACAAGGCUUAAUAUAUACGAUCGAUCCGGUCUCAUGCCGCUUGGUCCUGCAGCUUAACUAAUGCCACACACGACACUCCCCACACGAUAUGUACAAUUAUAAUUUCUUGAUUUCUUUCGCCUUCGUCCUCUGUCAUGUAUUUUACUCCUUUAUCCUGCUGUAAUUGAUCGUAAAAUCCGCAAAAUUACAGUGUAAUAUUGUUUAAUAACAGAGUCGAAGAAGUUACAUUUGCCUCUGA